AGGCAGCUGCGUAGAGCCCAAACAGCCCUAAGUGAGCAGGGGCGGGGAGCGCGGCAGGGUACCGCCGCCUCGUAAGGGCCCUUGCGAUUGGGUCCCAGGCGCCGUCACUCAGCCCUCCGGGGGCGGGGCGAGGCCGGGAAGGGGCGUGGCCGUCAGGCGGCGAGCCGCGCGCUCUCGCCCCGGCAGGGAGUCACAGGUUCGUACACGCGAGGGCGGGCGCGCGCAGCCGGCCCGCGGGUGAAAAGUCUUCCGAGGUGCUGCAGGCGGUGCUGAGGCAUAGGCUCUGCUGCAGGAGCAGCGGCCCGAACCCACUCCAGCGCCCGCGGCCGCCAGCGGCUCCCGCGUCGCGUGUGUACCCCCGCGCACUGAAGGAAGUCCACCAGCCCUCACCAGCCCCCGCGGAGCGUGCGAUGGCCCAGCGUAAGAAUGCCAAGAGCAGCGGCAACAGCAGCAGCAGCGGCUCCGGCAGCGGUAGCACGAGUGCGGGCAGCAGCGGGGGCAGCAGCAGCCCCGGGGCCCGGAGAGAGACAAAGCAUGGAGGACACAAGAAUGGGAGGAAAGGAGGACUCUCGGGAACUUCAUUCUUCACGUGGUUUAUGGUGAUUGCAUUGCUGGGCGUCUGGACGUCUGUAGCUGUCGUUUGGUUUGAUCUUGUUGACUAUGAGGAAGUUCUAGCCAAAGCAAAGGACUUCCGUUAUAACUUAUCAGAGGUGCUUCAAGGAAAACUAGGAAUCUAUGAUGCUGAUGGUGAUGGAGAUUUUGAUGUGGAUGAUGCCAAAGUUUUAUUAGGCCUGACCAAAGAUGGCAGUAAUGAAAAUAUUGAUUCUCUUGAGGAAGUCCUUAAUAUUUUAGCAGAGGAAAGUUCAGAUUGGUUUUAUGGUUUCCUCUCAUUUCUCUAUGAUAUAAUGACUCCUUUUGAAAUGCUAGAAGAAGAAGAAGAAGAAAGCGAAACCGCAGAUGGUGUUGAUGGUACGUCACAGAAUGAAGGGGUUCAGGGAAAGACUUGUGUCAUAUUGGAUUUACAUAACCAGUAACCUUGAUUCAGGGACUGAAGUCAUUGGCUAAUGAACACCUGAAGCAGCCUCCUUUUUCUUUUCUUUCCUUGGCUUAUGUAGGGCUUAAUGUGCGGUGGGGCGGUUGUGAUCUUACCGUGCAAGUCAACCAUGUGAUCUUGCCCAGUACAGCUACUAGCUAGUCCCUUGCUCCCUCAGCUCCCCCAACUUCUAUUGAAGAAAAUGGUACUCCUCAUUCUUGUAGUCAGCUACAAAGUACACUGAAAAUGAUGUUCUUGGUGGUAUAAUUGGUUUCUGUAUCGUUUUGUUUCAACUCAUGUAUUCACUGAACUAAAUUUGGACACUUAACAGCAAAUUGUGUUGUGGUUAACCCUUGAUGCUUGUCUUUCUAACACACUAUUAAUUACGAUGAUUCUAAUGGAUUUCAUUAUAAAAAUAUUUCUGGCAUGAUUUUUAAGUUAAAUACUUCUCUGUUCUUUAACAUGACUGAUGUAUAAAAUGAUGGUUCUUUACUAAGCUGAUAUUUUUUAUUGUAAUUUGUUUAGGUUUGUCAGAUAGGUUCAUACAAAUUUCUAUGUAAAAUUCUGUGUUAAUGGUGCUUUUAAAAUAAUUUAAAAAUAACUCCAUGUUUUUGCCUUAGAGUAAGUUAACUUACUGUUUUCAGAUAGUAGCAUGACAUAUUUCUGUCUAUGAAAGCAAAAUUUAUUUAAAUUUUAUUUCCAAAUAUACAUCCAGAGAAAGUAAUUUGUAUUUUUUUUAAAGUAGGCAUAUUACACAAGAGGGGACAUGUGAAUAUGUAUCUUAAUGUUGUACAUAUUAAAAUUAUUCAUCCUAAAUAAGUCUUUUUCCAUUUUUUCCUUCAUUAACUUAUUAAUUGGAUAUUGAUUUUGGCUUAGAUAUAAUGUGAUUUUUAGAAUUAUAAACUUAUUGAAGUGGUAAUUCCAUUUAGGGCAGUAAACUUUUCCCAUUAGAAAACCUUAAAAACAUAUUUGAAUCAAUUUCUUUAAAAAUGAGUUUGCUUCAAUAGUAACAAAAACAGUUGUAGCAGCUAUAUACAAAAUGCAUUUCUUAAAAUGAGAUUUCAUCAGUUUCCCCUCAAGCAAAGCUCUUCUAGGGAUAAGGAAGAUAAGGAAAGGGAUGUUACUUUUUGAAGGAGUGAUGUUCCAUGGUUUUAAAUCUCUUCCAGCUUCUCUAAGAUUUUACUUAGUGUUAGUUUGUCAGAGAGCUAAAAAUUUGAAAAUGCUUGCACUUCUUCACAUUUUAUUUAACUAUAAUUUCUACUUUUCAAAUAUUUCUUGUCUUCUAUAUCUAAUCAAAUUACUUUCAAUAAGUGUAUCAUUCAUCCAUUUAUUCUGAGGGGACUAUGACAAAUUUAAAUUGUUAGAAAUUACUCUUGUAGGCUGUCAUAGUAACAGCCUGAAAGUAGCAGCCUCAAGUCAGCACGGGACAUCCAUCCCCCCUGCCCACCAUUUACCUGUAUCUGCAAAUACUGUCCAAUUUGCUAAUCUUAUUAAAAAGCAAACAUUCUGUAGCUACUUUUGGAUGUGGAUAUACACACUGGACAAUAAUCUCUUAAAGUUUAAAUGACUAUUAAAGCUCUAAUUUGUCUUGCCCACACUAAUGGGCAAAUAUGUUUUAUUCUGUUAAUGCAGAAGAUAGCUGUUAAAGCUUCUGUUUUCAAAUAUUCAAGGACCUCAGUUAAGCUGUCACUUAGUAGCAUGUUCUGCAACAAAUGAGUAUCAUUCAGUAAUGUUCCUUCUGAAAAUUUAUUCAGUCUUUGUAUUUAUUGUGUCUUCUGCUUUCAUACUUGGGUACUAUGAAAUAUCAAAGUUUAUUAGGUUUAAAUUCUAAAGGAAUCUUCAGCCCCACUCAAUGAAAUUCACCCAGCCUAAUUUCCGGGAUAUACUUUUUAAAGCAAUCUUAUUUGUUAACGUGUUGUUACUACUAACACUAGAAGAUAUUCGAUUAAUUGAUAAGAAGUAAAUAAUUAAAUUUUGUGUUAAAAAUGUUUGAAAUUAUUAAAUUUUCAUCAGGCUUUAUUUGCCAUACUAAUGCAUAUUUUAUGUACAGAAAUUAAUUAUGCUUUAUUUUUGUAAGUGAAAAACAAGAAUGUGGGAUAAAAAUUCGCUGCUUAUUUUGUACCACCUCUCAUUAGUUCCUCUGAAAGCCUCUGAUGAAGGUGACACCCAGGUAGCUGACAAACCCCUGACUUCUGUGACUCCUGUCAACUUGUGCCUAAGGCUUGUGUGUGUGUGUGUGUGAGAUAAAAUAAAGGUGUUUGCCAAACUGCGCUAUAAAGUAUCUCGAAGCUGAACAAAAUUACUUCACCUUAGUUUGAUUUAUUAUGUAUUGCUAAAAUUCUUAAUUUUCUAAGCGUGUAUUUUCUGACUUUGUUUCAUAAUAUAAGUCUUUUCCUACCUCAUUUCUUUUAAACUUAAGAACUAAAUUAAGGUAAAAUCGUAUCCCGUUAAUUUGAAUAUUUAUAUAGUUAUGGAAUUUUAAGUUAUACUGUAUUUACUUUACCUUUUCAGAGUUGAGAAACUCUGUGGAACAGGCUCCGUGUUGAGAUAUAGUGUUGUCUCCUCAGAGUCACUGUUCCGGCUUCUUCGGAUGCGCUGACAUUUGUCCGAUUGCAAAGGCGCUGGGUUCUCCGGAGUUUGGCACAAAAACAAGACAGCAGCACUUUGGGGAUUCUUUUCAGCCCUUUAGCUUCCUUCAGCCUGCCUUGCUUUGGGACAUGAGUGGUGGGUAUAAGUCAGUUGGGGAAGUGUCUUCUGGGUGCCAAUUUUACCCAGUCCUGAGGCGUGGCUGUCAGCCUGCUGCCCUGGGAAUCCUCCAGACGCCUCAGUGCUGAGGACAUAUGGAAUAGUGGGCUGUCCUGCUUUUUCAUCUUGUCCUUGAUUCUUUCUUUAUUCUAGAAAUUACCUCCCUGUCUUAUAGAGCUGUAUCCAGACAUGAAAGAAGGACUAUUUUCUGUUUGAAUUGUUUUUAUUUAGUUAGAUAGAACAGAUUGUUUGUUUACCCUGAUGUUUGUGACUUAGAAGAAUUAUCAAAAAAUUAGAUCUAGCACAGCCAGUUAUUCUUAAUUUGGUCACUUGGCAGUUAACUUUUUGGGAAUUGAUGCUUCAUGACCCUUUCUAAAUAAUCCGCUGGGCUAGCUCCUUAAGUCUAUAAAACAUACAAGAAAUUUUCUGUGAUUUGGCUGUGGAAUCUUUGAUCACAAUGCAUAUUUGGAAUACUUAAAGAAACUCAGUGACCCAGACUUUAUAUUCAUAAGUUAAAUGAUGGAACCAGUAUUCAGAAUUCACUGCCUUUGUUAUUUGUUGAGAUGACCCUGUAAUACUUAGGAGUUAGAUAUUAAGUAGUUUGCAGACUCCUUGAAACUAGGAACCAGAUCUUCGGUUUUAUUUGAAUUCCCCUUCAAUGUGAAGCCCUGCGUGUGAUAUUCAUUAAUAUCAUAUGAAUAAUGUCAUAUGCUGGUGUGGGUCCUGAUGGAUGAGGAGUUACUCCUUGCAUAAUAAAAUACUGAGUUUUUUUUUUUUUUUUAAACUGGUUUAAAUAAGUAAAAUUAUUGGACAUAUUUUUUGCAAUAGAAAUGACAUUUUGAGUUUCUAUAACAAACUAACCUAUGCUAACAAAAGUCUUCAGGUGACCUUUCCAAUCUCCAAUUUGUAUUUGAAUCUGCAUUUUACCUUUUUUUCUCUGUCUCUGGAUGUAAUCCCUUUCUGCUUAUUUAGUCUUUCAGUUUUCUUAUGUUCUGAUCCUCCGUUCCCCACUUACUGUAGAGGGUUGGUGGGUUUGUAGCUUUUUCUUCUUCUUUUUUUAAUCUGUACUAUAUUAUUACGUCUAUUUAAAAAUAAAAAAGAAAUUAGUGUAGUGUCCUGACAUGCAUUUUACUAAGAGUAGACAUCCAUUCUAGAGGAACAGUCUGCCUGGCUAACAGGAUGGUUACUCAGACAUUUAGGGCCUCUUUUUGCUAUGUGUAGUCAAUGUUGAAAUGAUUACGAUGUUCCAGUAUGGGACAGAGGAAGAUGAGAAGGCUCAAAGUGACUCACAGGUCUCACCAGACAUGGUGAGAGUGGCUGAAAUGACCUGAGUAUGAAGUGAUAUCCAGACCAAUUCUAGAGCUGUCUGAAAGUCUGAAGUAGCUACUUGUGUAUGUGUAAUGCAGCCAGUCUUCUAAAAUCAUGUCUGUUGCAUGUGGUGUAACCACAGAUCUAUCCAUUGGCUUAAUGGUUCAAACAUUUUAAUUUCAUAGAGAACAUUUGAUUUUGAAAAUGUGGAAUGGUGGCCUGAGGCAGUUGCCAAAAUAGCAUAAAUUUCCUUUAGGCAACUCUCUUAUGUUCUAAGGGAAGAAUGUAAAACCUUUUUCCUAAUUUCUGUGUAAGAAUUCCCAAAUAGUUGCCAGAGCUAUUAACUAUCAUCACUUUAAAUACUUACAUCAAAAUAAGUAUAAAAGGACGAAAAGAAAGUAAAUAGCAUGGCAGUUGUUUUUCAGCAUGUAUUUUAAGCACAUCCUAAUGCUGCUUUGAUUAUUUCUUAAAUUAGAAUGUAUUCUAUUAAUUAAAAACAACUUUUGUCUGAAUGGAUUAAGAAAUACCAAGAUGUUUCCAUUUUUGCUCGAAUUGAUAGAAUUUUCUUCAUACUACUUGGAAACUAUUUCUGAAGAGCCUUUGUGUUGUCAUGAAUUUUAUUGAUUAGUGGAAUGUUCCCUUUUUUUCUUUUUUUUCCCUAGACAUUAGCUAUGGUAGUAAAGAUAGAAAAGGAGAAAAGUAGCACAUGCUGUGGCAUUUUGGCACUGUAGGGAGAAUCUACAUCAACCAAAGUUACAAAUGAUAAGAAUUUAAUUCUGUCAAGAAUUAGGAAGAAUAGAAAGGUGGCCCUUUCGUACCUGCCUUGUGGUUUUCCCUUAAGUCCACUUCUCUAAUUCCCACAAACUAAUAUAUUUUCCCCUCUACGUGCUGUCACUAAUCUUGGAUUACCACUGACCCCUUUCUCCGUUACUGUAUUUCCGAUUGUUGCUGGGGAAAAAAAAAAUCUGCUAUAAAGUUACCUGUACUGAGCCUCUGUCGGGGGCAUGCUGCUCCAACAAUUUCCCUUGUUAGCAGUCAUUUUAAACUUUUCCUCAACCUUCCUUCUUCCAGGGUCAUUUUAUUCCUCUGUAGAGAUGAUUUUGCUUUCUGCUUUCCUAAGAUAAUCUAGUGUGCCUUCAUUCCAUUAUUUUCUUCUCUCUUCCCUUUACAACGUUACUAUCUCAGGAUUUUUUUGAGCUAUUGUUUCUUCUCUCAUUCACUCAUCGUUUUUUCAGACACUGCAUCCUCUGGUUUCCAAAGCUAGCCCUUUCCACUGAGCCUGUACCUCCUCCUGACCUCAUCACCUCUCUCCUGUUAUGAACUUAGCUUCUUUUUCUUACAGACAUGCCUGCGUUUCCUCGACCUUCAAAACAAAACCCUGGUAAAAUUCUUCAAACUUUUUCCUUCUCUGUCCCCCUCAGAAUCUAGGGAAACUCGAUAUAUGAUCAGUUUUCUUCUAAGGAAAUGAGGAAGGCUGAUGUGAGCACCCUAGAUUUUUGGUCACCUUUCCUUCCACCUAUGUUUUCUCAUCACUGUGGCAUGACUGCCUUCUCUACUGCUUGUAAAACUGUAUUCUGAAGAACCUUAGAGGAUAUUUAGUAACUAACAUAAUAAAAUAGUGCCCUUAUCCUAAAACUUUGUUCAUGCCUUCCUUCCUAAAACUGAUCAUUUCACUUUAAAAAAAAAAAAACACAUUUCCUUUUUUUAAAAAUUUAAUUUCAUUUUAUUUUAAGUUCCGGGAUGCAAAAAAAAAAAUUUUUUUUUCUUUACUCUCUUUUUGUUUCAUUGUUACUUAGGGACUCCUUUGUUAACUGUUUUUGGUGGUAUACUUUUUUCAUGUCUAUAUGCUUUUCUUCAUAAACUGAAUGUAAUAAUUGUUUAAAUUAUUAGCUUGGUCCUUGUUAUGUCAAAAAUAUUGAAAAAUUAUUGGCUAUGUUUUUAAGUUCAGAAAAGCAUAAGAUGAUCCUUUGGAGUUUUAUAUCGUGCAUCGCACUUUGUUCACGUGUUCAUUUGUGUCACUGUAAGGAUUUAUACCCAAACCAAGAAAGUUUAAAAUAAAGCACAGCACUGUUUAUUUUUAUAUGUUUCACUAAUCUGAUGCUAAUCUAAUAUUUUGGUUUAUUCAUGACGAAAGUUAACUCUAGUCUUUUCAUCCAUAUAGCUCUUUUUACCUAGAUCAUAACAGUGGGGGUAGGGAGAGGGCAGUCUGGGUUUCCUCACUCUGCUUUUUAAUAGGAAAAUCUGAAUCUGCUGUGGGAGAACAUGCAGGAGUCAGGAGGGGAACAUAGCGGUACUAGUAGUAUAAGUAUAUUUUAAUGUUUUAUGCUAAUGUGUUUUACACCUUUGAUACUACUCAUAUUUAAAAGUGGGUAUUACAAGAAUAGUUUUGAUAUUUUAUUCUGAAAUAAACUUUAGUGGAGAGUGAUUGGAAAUAGCACUCAUUAUUACUGGGUGAUACACUGGUUUUGGCAGAGGUUAGGAAAGAAUCAAGUUUUGUCUGGGAAAAAUAAUUUUUAAACACAUGGGAAUAAGUACUGAUUAUGGUUAUCUAUGUAUUUCAUGUAAGUGGACAAAUAUAACCAUAGUCACUUGUUUCCGUUUUUAUGUUGUCAAUGGUAAGAGAUACUAAUACAUUUUUGAAGAAUAUUGACAUUUCAACCAAAAUAAAUUACCAUUCUCAAAUGGAUGACCUCAACUGAUAGAUACAAAUUGCUAUCAAUAGUGAAAGGGGAGUUUUGAACAGUAUAAUAGUACAAACGUCUAAUACUGAAAGUAGAAGUUUUGAGAAAUGUACAAAGUGGGUUUUACAAUUUACAGCUGGAAAAAUGUCAGAUGGCUUUGGGGACUUUCUUAUCACCACACCUUAGACCUUCAUUCUUUAGUGACAGGCUAAAGGCCACCAUUCCUGAGGAGAUGAACACUACAUUGCACCUCCAACCCUAAUGUGCCUAAGAAAUGGAUUGGCAACUUGGAAUGGAACUUUACAAAGUUUGCCAGUACAUAGCGUAAACCAGCCUUUAUGUGACUGAGAGAGAGAAUUGGGAAGAUCAGUUCAUUGGGAUGCUAAGUACAGCCUGGUUGGAAUAAGAGUUAGAGGUAUAUUGUUAGAGACUCAAAAAUAAAUCUAUUAGCAGAACUUUCAUUUGCCAAGAGAGGAAAUAGAAAGCUAUUGCAAAGUUUUUAGAGUGAAAAAUGUAAAAUGUAUGUACAUAAUACUGUCAUUCUUACUUACUCAUAUAAUUUUUUAAAAGACAAUGCGAACUGGUGGAAGAGCAGUGAUUGUUCAAACAGUAAAGAUGAACUCUAUCAAAAUAUGCUAUCCUUUUUUGAAUGGCAAAUGUGAUUGAGUAGUGAAGUAAGGUCCUUGGUCCUUCACUCUAGUACUUUUAAUUGAUCAUCUGUGACCCAAGUGGAAGUCUGUCACUGAAUAGAAAAUGCCAUUUCCAGUGGCAAUUAAGUAUUUCUAAUGCCAACAAUUCUUAAAGAUCUAAGCCAAAUUGUGAAGUUUGUUAAAUCAUAGGCCAAUUAUAACGCAUUUAUCUGUUAAAGACAGUGAAAGGAAGGCUUUAAAGUGACAAAUAAGAGAGAUAUUGGAGUAUUUUUUAAUGAUGAAUUUAAGUAACUUAACAUAUUUUAUAGUGGCAUUGAUUUUACCUAUUUAAUAGACACUUAUUUUUGAAUUCCCUUAAAUUUUCUGUUUAUAACCUAUUUUCAUCUUGUAAAUAUCAACAGAAGGACCCAGUGGGGUAGCCAAGAGAAAAACUAAGGCUAAAGGUAUUUUCAUUUUUUCAAAUUAGCCUUGAGUGAAUCGAGUUUAAUGUUUGAAAAUGCAUGACAUUUUCUGGGAAUGUUAAUAUUGCUGCUAAUGCUAAACAUUAUUGCUUUUGAGUCUUGCUUGGGUGCAACUUUAGGUUAUAAGUAGUUUUAUCAGGAUUUCAUCAAAGGAUUUUCUGCUUCAAGCCUAUAAUUUUAAGUCAUUAUCUUUUCAUGUUAUCAAAGCUUUGUAACAGUCUUUAAAUUAAGAAUGUAUAUAUUAUACAAAUAUCGUGUUAUAUUUGUUAUGAUGUAUAUAUUAAAUUUACAUGUACACAUCUUACCUUGUUCCCUAAAACCUUUCUUACUUUGGUUUUUUUGAAUUACUUUUGGGAAAAAAAGAUGAAGUCUUCAGUAAUUGUUUUUAUUUCUCCAAAAGCUCUCAUGACACUCUGUCUUAGAGCACAGUGAAAGCUAGUGUGAUUCAAAUGUGUAGUUUUCAGUAAAAUGAAAACGUGAAUGUAUAAUGUAGAACCCUACAUUACAUUGACAUAGAAUUUGCUGUGUUUGAUAUUUUAAUUCAUUAAAAAUUAUUGGCCGGGCACGGUGGCUCACACCUGUAAUCCCAGCCCUUUGGGAAGCCGAGGCGUGUGGAUCACGAGGUCAGGAAUUCGAGACAAGCCUGAGCAAUAUGGUGAAACCCUGUCUUAACUGAAAAUACAAAAAUUGGCUGGACUUGGUGGCAGGCACCUGUAAUCCCAGCUACUCAGGAGGCUGAGGCAGGAGAGUAGCUUGAACCCGGGAGGCAGAGGUUGCAGUGAGCUGAGAUUGCGCCAUUGCACUCCAGCCUGGGCAACAGAGUGAGACGCUGUCUCAAAAAAAUAAUAAUAAUAAAUAAGUUAUUAUACCUGUCAGCCAUUUGUAGACUAACAGCUCAAUAUUACAGCCUGACUUUAUAUGCCAGUGGUUAUUCUUGUUCAUAUGUUAGUAGUCAUAUUCUUUGUGGGUAGAGGCAUGGGGGAUGUGCAUGUUUUUCUUUAUAAGCCUGUGAUAUUCUUGUGAUCAUUUCAUGGGCUUGGCAUAUUGUUUGUAGUUUGUUUUUUUGGUGAAAUAUGAACAGAUGAGACUUACUGUGUGAUUCACAGGGUUUUGUGAUUUAUAUUUUAAGAUCAGGAACUUUUAAUGGUUUAACCUCCUAUCUCUUCUGAAUAAUUUCUGGGGAUGAAAACAAUUUUCACCAUCUUAUUUUUAUAUAAAUAAUGGUGAAACAAAUGGACAAUAAAAUGUUUUACUUCUUGAUCUAGAGAAGCAAAUUAAACAUUAAAGACUGAAUUUUUUAAAAGCAGUUUUCAGAAUAAGACACGAUAGCAUUGCACAUCCAUUUUAUACUUUUGCAAUGCCAGUGUCUAUGUUACUAUCCAAACAGCACUGAAGUAGAAUGAAGACUCAGCAUGAUCCUGAAUGAAUACUAUUCUGUAUUCUUAAAAGACUAUAAUAAGGUUUUUUAGGAAGAACUGAAGAAUCUCCUGGUUGAUCACCAGGAAAUUCAAUUAAUGGAGAAACCCUAUGUGGUGUUUUUGUUUGUUAAUCAAGGUUUUAUUAGACAGCCUAGAAAGAUACAGUACUUUUAGUGAGCACUGCAAAUCUAAUGCUCAUUUUGAAUACCAUUUGUGCUGUGUAAGUUUUAUGUGAUUUUGAUGGGCAAAAACAUCUUUCACAUUUUAUUAUAUUAAAGAAAUAUUUCAUUUUCUUUGUUUCUGCUUAAAUGUGGCAUUGUUUCUGCUUAAAUGUGGCAUUGCAAACACCUUACCUUAUGAUUUCUUCAUGAGAGUACAAACAGAUGAAAUUCAGAGCUUUUGCUAACUGCUUUAUCACCAUGUAAAGCAAGUUGAAAGCAAUACCUUCCAUGAGAUUUGGAAUUAGCUGUGUGUUUCAUUUAAUUGCUCUCUCAACCCUAUGAACUAGAAGACGUGUGUUAGCUUGAGUGGUUCUAUGUGAAUUAACAGGGAAAUCAUACUUAAAGGAAUACUGAUUUCAUGAUGAAUAUAAGCAGAAAGGGAAUUCUAAUUUUUCCUUUUAAAUACUACAGAUAAUGAUUUAAAAAUGUCAUACACAUGACAAUUUUUUGCCUAGUUAACUAAGAAAAUGAAAUUAUAUUUAAAGCUAUUUACAUAUAUUUGUCUUCAGAGAAGCACGUGUAUUUUAAGGACAUAUGUUUUUGUUUGAGCUAAACAUUUUAAAUUAUCUUUGUAUAUAUUCUUACAAAUUAUGAAAAAUUUGUUCUUACGUUGCCAGUGUUCCUUUAAUUAUAAUUACAAAGUGUGAGUUAAUACUUUGUGUAAAGUACUGCCUUCGUGGUGCACUCAGUUUUAUAAUAUUGCAUGUUAAUGUUUUAAGACAAGGCAUACUGUAUUUCAAGAGGGAAAAUAUGACAAGCUUCUAGCAUUUUUUAAUAGUUGAUAUUUUAUAGAGAUUUGCAUCUAUUUUUAGCCACCAUAAAGACUAGUGAAUUAAAGUAACUUUCUGAAUGUGCAUUUCCUGUGUGUGGAGAGAUAAAAAGAGAAUACCUUUUCACUAACUUCCUGUUCUGUGAUUAAGAGAUCCUGUCAAUAAACAUUUUUUCCUUUAAUUGGAAAAUCUGAAAGUUAAAGAACUCACUAAAGAAGAGCUCAAGAAGGAGAAAGAGAAACCUGAGUCAAGGAAGGAAAGUAAGAAUGAAGAGAGAAGAAAGGGGAAGAAAGAGGAUGUCCGAAAGGAUAAGAAAAUUGCUGCUGCAGACCUAUCCAGGAAGGAGUCUCCUAAGGGGAAAAAGGACAGAGAAAAAGAGAAAGUGGACCUAGAAAAAAGUGCUAAAACCAAGGAAAAUAGGAAAAAAUCAACAAAUAUAAAGGAUGUUUCUAGUAAAAUGGCAUCCAGAGACAAAGACGACAGAAAGGAAAGUAGAAGUUCUACUAGAUAUGCACACUUAACAAAGGGAAAUACCCAGAAAAGAAACUACUAAAACUCUGGCAUCAUCAUCCCAGAACAUGGUCAUGUUCCAGAUUGCAAUUUGUUACAAAAAAGCAUGGAAAAUGUAAUAUUGCUCUGAUUGGUGAGGGUGUGUAAAUUAGCCAUUGAAUGUAUCAUUGGUGCUCAGCAAGUAAAUUACCUGAAAUUUAAAUAUACCGUCUCAUGCUUCUAAAUGUAAAAACAUUUUAAAAAUGUCAUAGAAUAUGAUGUAAUAACUUCUAUUUGUUGAUCAUGUAUUCAGACAAAUGUGUAUGUAUCAUGAAUUUUUAUGGAUUAAUAUAUUGAAUACUUUCAUUGACGUUAAAUAAGAAUAUUAAGAUUUUAAAUGUUAUUUCUAUGCAUAAUGCCUUGUAACUUUUUCAAGUGUGCUAAAUACUCAGGGAGAUGGAUUUGCUCGUUGUUUUCUUCCCUCCUUCCCCUUCCUGCUUCCCUGUUUUUCUCUUUCGUGGGCACCUCCCCAGGCUCAUGUGCCACCACCUUCCCUCCUCUCCAGCCCUCCCAGCCCUCCCUCAGCCUUUCAGGGGGCCGUUCCUCAGGCUUUUCAUGGAUUCUCCUUCCACUUUUCCCUCUUAUCUCCCCUUUUCUAGUCUCCCUCACCAAGUCUUUUACUCUCUCCUUUCCUUCACUCCUCACCUCACCGCUGCCCCUCACUCCUGCAUGCUUCUCACUCCUGACCUCCCUACAACAACCCCACCCUUCUCCCAUCAUCCAGCACAUACUUAGUGCUUACCAUGUACCACAUACACUGCUCCGAGAACUCUGGCCAUAACCGUGAAUAAAGGGGAGAGUUGUAUUUAGAAGAACAAUUUCAGAACACUUUUAUUUAUGAUACCUUUAUAGUCUUAGAAUAACUAUAGAAAGGUUUUAAUUAUUUCAGAUUAGGAUGUACUUUCAUUUUAUAUCACACUUUUUUUCCAUUAUUUUGGUUGAAUGGCAUACAUUUUUCAUAUUUGUGUCAUUAUUGUUUACCAUUUCUAAGGAAUUGCAAAUGUAAUCUCUUCACUAGAGAUCAGAAUUUAGUACCUCAGAAAACAUUUAAUAUAAAAGUGAAGUUUUAGUGAGAAAUUAAUUCUACAAAUGGUUUUGUACUAUUCUAUGCCUCAAAUAUUAAAUAUCUAAUUGUGACUACUGUGAAAUGCAGUUAAUUGAUAAUGAUAAAAUCUCUGUGGUAGCAUUUUUGAUUUUCUUAAUGUUAACCUUAUUAACAACAGAAUCAAAAAUGCUACCACAAAGAUUUUAUUUUUUAAAACAUAUUUAUUUACUUUUUUGUGAAGAUGUUAAAAACGAGAUUUUUGACCUAAUCAAAGAUAUUUCAACUCAGAAAUGAGUAUGUUUAAGUGUAAAUAUUUCUAAAUGUAUUGUACACCUUUUUCUUAGGUUAACGCCUUUUACUAUUUAAAGUCAAAUACUUUACGACAUUUAGUUGACAGAAAUUUCAACUCAAUAGAAUUAUAAAACAGAGAAGAAAUCCUAGAGAAUAUCUGAUAUCUCUAAUAUAAUCCUGUUAUUUUAUUGCUUAAAAAUUGAGGCCUGAAGAUAUUGUAAACUGAUAACUUGGAGUUUUAUGUUUUGAUUAGUCAGGAUUUUGCCAUUUUUACACAUUACAAGAACAUAGUAAACCAAAAAGGGAAUUUUACAGCUGCUUUGUUUGGCAGAUACAGGGCACUAACUUCAGAUGACUAGAUCCCAAGUCUAGACCUGGAAUCAGAGUUCUUUUUCCUCUUAGCUCACUUCCUAAGUCUUAACUAUGCUGGUUUCUGCCUGACUUAUUCUAUUUGGAGAUGCUACCACUUGAUAACCAAGAUGGCCCUCAGCAGGCUCCAGACCAGUCUUUCUAACUUUUACCAACCCCAAUGCAGAUGGCUCUGGGACAGAGAAUUCCAGUUGGCCUGGUUAGGCCUGGUGAACAUCUGGGACCAUUUUUGUAGUUGAGGAUGGUGAUUCUUCCCAGGCGCACACCUGUGCACAAAGCUUUGGAAUGGGAGUUGAGUGGGUCCCACUCAAACUUCAUCAAACGUAGGGCUUCUGGGACAAGAAAGUGAGGCUUUGAGAACCGGAUAGAAGAAGCAGAACAUGUCCCCCAGGCAUAUGAAAGUUACACGAUUCUCAAACCAUAUCCCCGUGUUAGAUCUUUUCUCCUGAGAUAAAUGGAAUGUUUUUUUAAAACUUAUGUACAAAAUUUUAAGUGCUGUCUUCGCUAAAGAUUUUUUGUUCUGUCUUGAAGAAGGGCAAACAAUUAUAAGUGAAUUUGUUGAGAGCAUUCUGGUAAUUUUUACCUUAGUUUUUAAGUUCAAUGGCUAUGUGGCAGAAAAUACAUAAAUACUAAAUUCUAAACAAAUGAGUGAAAAUAUUUUGGAAUAACCUAAUCAUCAAAAGCACAUAAGAAUUGUCUAUUGCUAUUUAGUAAAGUACUUUGAAAUGUUUUGGCUAUCUCAUUGAUUUUUCCUUUGACUGUUAGCUCAAGAAUUGAAACACCUCAACUAAAACAUUUAAAGAUCCUUUAAAAGCACUUGUAGACUAGAACUUGAUUUAUUUUUUCCCUUCUCUCUUCUUUUUCCCUUUCCUUCUCUUUUCUUUCUUUUUGUAAAUGUUUUAACUAACUUUUAUUGAAGUUGAAGUCACACUUUAUCCAACUGCAUGAACAUUUAAGCUUCAACUAAAAACAAGCUUUCAGUCAUGAUUAGUGGGUUAAAAUCAUGCUUGCACUCUCAGUUUUACACUUUUUAUUCAGUAGGUUGUUAUUUCUGUAUUGUUUGCUUCAUAUUGUCUUCUAAGUAUAAUUAAAACCAGAAAGGUUACCUUUUUAAAUAAGCCAGCUACAACAGGGACAAAAAAUUCACAAUACUAAGUAGUUGGGAGUCAGAAGCUGUUUUUGGGAAGACCUGAAAAGGGAAAAUUAAGUACUAAAAAUGUAAGUUUAUUUUGCCAUAUCCCUAACAACAUUUGAUUUAAAUUAUAUUGUGACUUGAUACUUACAAAUCUUUUAAAUGACAUUAUUGGCAUAUUUUUCUUAAACUUUGUAAGAAAAAGAUAACAUUUCACAUUUUAGUAGCACAAUCAUUGUGAAGAGAUCGUCAAUUUUGUGAAAAUAUUUGAGUGCCAAUCAAUUUUUCCAGGAUGAUCUUCUAUCCUUUAAUAUUUAGAUACUUCCUUUUGAAGCACUUACAUCAUCAUCGAAUUUUUUUGUCAUUUGUUGUGUCAUCUAAUUUCUGUUUCAUUUUCUAAUGGCUUCAUAUGUGAAUGAAUUUUAGUUAUUCCUAACAUCAAUGGUAGUCACUGUUUUGAAUUUUUUUUUUUUAAACAAGACUUUCAAUUUUACUUUAUAGGUAAUUUGCAUUGUAUAUAGAUGAUCCUCUCAAAAUUUCACAAUGAGAGACUGAUGAAAUUGAUAUAAAUCCAUCAGCAUGAACACUUAAAUUAAUCCAGAGGACUACUUAAGUUAAUUCUGUUGGUGGUUGCUUUAUUGAGAAUAUUUUGUAUUAUGACCUGCUUAGCUAUGCAAGUUUGUAACUUCAGAGGUCCUCAUAAUGAUACUUGGAUAAUAAAGAUUCCCCAUAGACACUUCCAUUGAAAAAGAAAGGAAGUAAACAAGUAUCAUUUUUCAUUUGAAAUGUUUUAAGUUAACUGUAAUGUUAUUGUCCAUGAAAUGGAUCUGGUGACUUAGGCUCUAUCUCCUGACAUUGAUUUCUUUCUCCUGUGUCCGCAAUUAUUUCUUCUCCUGUUAAUGCCCACUGGUAAUAAUUCUCAAAAUCGAUUGCUCAGAAUAUUCCAUUGUAAAAUGCAUCUUGGAAAUGGUUGUUUUCCUCAUUUGUAAAUUGAAGACAAUGCCUGUUCCUCAAGGUGGUUGUGAGAACCAGUCAAUAUUGCAUAUGUGUAAACAGCCAGCACAUGGUUGGGCAGUCAGUUUUCCUUUAUCAUUGGUAGAAUAAGAUUAAUAAUACUCAACCAAAAUGUCUCAGUCAGGGGUUAAAAACUUGGAAGCACUGAAACUGUGCUUCCUAUUCCUACUUAGGUCAACAGAUUGCAAAACAAAUAUUUAAGUCCUUUAUCCUUUGUAAUGAAUGUGUCUUUGUGAAAUGAGUAUAGUGGAACCUGAUUUAUUCUACUGCGAUCAUUGAGGGGGCAAAUGCAAAUAAUUAUAAAUGUCGCACAUGAGUGAAGCCGUAAGAAUGCUUAAUUUUUAAAAGAAUAUUGUGACAACAUGAAAACACAAGAUAUAAAGGCUAGAAAAAAAGUUAUGAAAUAAACUAUAGCCUUAAGUAUAUGGUACAAUCGAGAAGCCUAAUAACCAGCCUAAUUGUGAAAAAGCUUACAUUUGUUUUGUAUUCAGAGCACAUUUUUCCAUAGAUGAGAUUUUAUGGUCUUCAGAGAUUUUUUUUUUUACUCUGGUCCACAAAAAUUGAUUUAAUUCUAAUAUCCAGUUCUGCAAGUCUCAUUGUAACUAUGUUUCUAUGGAAAAUGCAUUUAUCAUUCUGCCUUCGGAUAUUAGGAAUAUAUUUAAUUUUACUUUUGAAUGUUCUCCAGAAUUUCUUUGGUUACAUCCAUGGUGUUAAAUUCAUUCAGAUACCUUACAUGGACAAAAAUCAUGGAUUGGCUCACAUAAUUGUAAAGCCCAGGAGUAGUUUUGGCUUUUUUCUUUUGUUAUGCUGGAUCUAGGUGCUCGAACAAUGUUCUCAACCUACAUCUGUCUAUGGACCCUCAGGAAUGUUGGCUUUCUUCUCAGGCAGAGUCUUGUAUACUCAUCUUCAACCCUACUCCUUAUGGGGUGGGAGAUAAGAAAGCUGUGAUUGGUGACACCCUGGGAUAUGUGAGUGCCCACUUUUAAACUGUUGGGUAAAGAAAAAUUGGAUUCCCCUAAGGAAGUUAGUGUGUUUUUACCAGAAGGAGGAGGAAUUGGUGCACUGAAAGCAGGCAGAUGAUGGAAUUUGUUUCCCCUUUUUCUACCCAUCCCAUUCCUACUUCUCCCCCUGCCCAAAUACAGAGAGGUGAAUAGGAUGGGACAAAAUAGGUAUUUCAAAAUAAGAAGCUGUGGAGCUAAACAUUGGGUACUCAUGGGCAUAAAGAAGGAAACAGGAGACACUAGAACUUCUAGAGAGGGGAGAGAAGAAGGGCGACAAGGGUUGAAAAACUAACUAUAGGAUACUAUGCUCAUUACCUGAGUGAUGGAAUCAUUCAUAUUCUAAAUUUCAAUAUCACACAAUAUACCCAUGCAGCAAACUUGCACGUGCUCCUUGAAUCUAAAUAUUAAGUUGAAGUUAUAUUUAAAAAUUAAAAAAAAAAAGCUAGGGAGAAGAGAGAGAUCUUAUUCCAAACAAUUAUUGGUCAACAAUAGUUUUAGACCAUUGAAAGAAUAUAAGAGAAUGUUGACCUGAUAAUAAAUAUUGCCAUUUAGAUGUCAGGUGAUAAAGUUUAUUUUGUUGUUAAGCUCUCUCCAUUUAGCCCCAUUCAGUUUAAAAGGAAAGUUUUUGUGUUUAGGAAACUAGAGGAUGGGUGAUAUGUAGCAGACCCAUAAGGUUAUUUUCAUGAAAAACCUAGCUUGGGCUAAUCUGAAAGAUUCCUCAAUAACAGUCUUUAGUGUCUUAUCCUUUCUUCUCCAUUUGCCUAAGAAUAUAAUUGUAUAAGCUGGAUGUUUAUUCCUUGGCUAUCAUUUUUACCUAGGAAUCGAUUUCUGAAAGAGCUCUGUAAGCCCUACAAAGCAGAAAGUCAUCCAUUUCUUUUUUCUUUGUUCUCAUUUAGUGCCUUAUUUGAUUUCACUUUGUGUAUCUAUUUAUUGCUCUAUGUUAAGUCAGGUAUGCAUACAUCAUAGAAGUCUGCCUCUCGUUUCCAUCUUCUUUGCCUUAUGUAUCACUUCUCUUGUGUCCUAUUAGAGGGAGAUGAUCUAUGCUUAAAGCUGUUGGGUUAUUUUUGAUAAUUAUAUAACACCUACAUGCGGUGUCUAUAGUUCCCAUUUAUUGAUUCAACUAAUAUUUCUGAGUAUCUACAGCAUGCUGGGGACUGGGCAAGGCAUGGGGGAUACAAGAGAUUGAGGUGGCUGCAAUCCCUCCAGUGAAAUGCUACAAAAUAAGCAAGGGGCUGAGAGAGAAAGUAAUGAGACUGGAACGAUUGUCAGUACAGCCCACUAGUCCCUCUGCCUAGAACGUCCUCCUGAAUGUGCUCCUGCUCUGUGUGAUGGGCUGCCUUUGUCUCUCCCACGGGACCCAGCCCAGUCAUCACCUCUGCAUUCAGACAUCUCUGACCCUCCCAAGGGCUGCACCCCACACACUCCAGUUAUCGCACUCAUCACCUUGCCUCAUUCUUGGACUUUGCUGCCGGACUACGAUUUAUCUCGAGCACCUAUCCUAGUAACUGACACUAAUAGGCAUUCAAUGUUUGUUUGUUGAAUGGUGAAUAUACAAAACAAAUUAUCUAAAAAUAUUUCAGGUGUAUAUAUACCGUUGAAGAAUAUUAGGAAGAAGAAAACCGUGUGUGUGUGUUUUUGAAGAACCCAAAAGAUUGUUCAGUAAUUGCAGUGUUUUAACUACCUUGGAAGUUGCCUGUGACUGGCAGGGAGGAGGUGUAAAGAUUUUUUUUAGAAGAAAUAAAUGAAAUGGUAAAUUUUUGGAAAAAUACUUAUUUAAAUUAUCUCAUUUAAUUCUUAAAGCCCUUCUUAGGGGUCCUGUUUUGUCCCCUUUUUGCAUUUGUGGAAACCAAAAAGUGUAGCUGCGGUUAACACUGAGAUAGAAUUCAAAUGGAAUUCAAAGGCGUCCUGUUGUCCCAGGUGCCUGAACUUACACACCAUGCUCAGUUGCAUGUCCUUGAACUGUAUUUUUCAUGAUGUUAAAGUGAGUCCACUCUCACCAGUCUUUGUUGAGUCCCUUCAUUGGUGCUGAAACCAGGCUCUUGGGAACCUUAUUGGCAGUGUUUAAUUCUUUUGUAAUUUAUGUCUGUUUGAAAUCUGUCUGUCCAGCUUGGGUUACUUGAAGAUGCUUUGGAUCUGGAAUGGCUCUUACUGCGUAUCAUGGGGCAGCUUUCAAUACCUGGUAGUCUCAGAAUUUUGAUAAUUUCCGAGACUGCUGUUGGUAUACUGAGGAAAAUCUGUAUUCACUGAUUACACAAGCCAGGAGCAACAACGAGGAUUAACAUGGUUACCUAGUAUGCAUGCCUUUCUGGCGUAUUGAUUUUCCAGAAUAUUUCUCAAAUUUCCUAUACCUAUGAGCCUUAUUCUUGGGAUAAAUUGACUUAUACUGCUAGACUCCUUGCAAUUGAAACAGUACCACUUACCCUGAGCACAGAUAACCAUACCUGGAGUAACCUGGAUUAGUAAGGACACGUUUUCUUUCAUCUGUACACCUUUGAAUUAGUAAACCAAAGAUUAAAACACUAAUUUAAAAAAACUUUUUAGCUUUUUAAUGGGCUAGGUGUAUGAAAUUCUAUGAAACAAAAUAAGUUUAUAAUUGUUUCCCAGGUUUUGUUGAGGGAGUGGCUUGCUUAUAACUCUUACGAGAAGUAAAUCCUUUGUGUUCCCUCAAGUUACAGCCCUUGGAUCUAGCAUCCAGGGCCUUUCUGAUAUGCACACCUCUCUUGGUGCCUCAGCCACCUUUCUUCUCCUUGGCGCCAAAUAUGUUCCCAGUUGAGGAAUUUCAUACAGUCACAUGCCUAAUGCUAUCAUUUUGGUUAAGGAUAGACUGCAUGUAUGAUAGUGGUCCCAUAAGAUCAUAGUGCCAUAUUUAUACUGUACCUUUUCUGUGUUUAGAUACACAAGUACUUUGUGUUACAGUUGUCUGCAGUAUUUGGUACAGUACGUGCUGUACAGUUUUGUAGGCUGGGAACAAUAGGAUAUUGCAUACUGUCUAGGUGUGUGGCAGACUAUACCUUCUAAGUUUGCCUGGGCACACUGCAAUGUUCCCACAGUGGUAAAAUUUCCUAAUGGCACAUUUCAACAUGUAUUUCCACACAUUACUCAGAAUGUAUCGCUGUUGUUAAGCAACACAUGACUGAACAUGCAGUUCCCUACCUGAAACACACGUGUAACUUAUAUAGCCAUGUCCCUGAUUUCCGUCAGGGUCUGUUCACAUGUUAUCAGUGAGUCCUUUUGCCAAAGUAUUAUGAAUAGUCCCCACCCCCCACUUUUCCCUAAUGUGCUCCCUGUUCCGUGUCUUCCCCGUAUCAUCUGUCCCCAUCCAAUAUACUCUAAAUAGUUCAUAUUUCUUAUUUUUUAAAUUGCUCUCUCCCCUGGAAGGUAGGUGUGUCGUUUUCAUUUACUGUAGAAUAAUGCCUUGAAUUAAUAAGUGCUAAAUAUUUGUUGAAUGAUUGAAUGCAACAUACAAUUUAGUAAGUUUACAACUACUACAUAUUUAUGGAAAGAAAUAUAUUGAUUCUUUCUCAUUAUGGGCAGCAGUGAAUAAAGUAAGCUAAUCCUGGGCUUGGGUAUUUGUGUCAUUUAUCAUAUUUGCUAUGAGUGGUUGAUUUAAAGUGCUGAUUUCAUUUGCUUUUCAUAGCUUCAUUUAAUUUUAAUUAAAAUUUGAGGGGCAAUUAUAUAGUGAUUAAAUGCAAAUGUUUUAUAAUUUCCACAUUUAUCUGAUGAACCUAAAGAACUAAAACCAAGGUAUGUUUUAAGGGAAUUAAUGUGUUUUCCAAAUCAUGUUGUGGCCAUUGCUGUGGACUGGCAGUAUCUAUUCACCAUACGUAAUGACUAGAAGGCAGCUGUGGACACCCUCUUCCCUUGGCAGAGCAGGAAUGGAAGUGGGUCCCAGUCCUGAUGAUUAACACUGAAAAGGAAGACUGCUGGCAGCUUCUGGAAAAGAUUUCCUCAAGCCUAAGAAAGAAGCAGAGCAAGAGAUGCUCCUUUUGCUUCUGGACAUCGCCUUGUCUGAAAAAGAAGCUUGCAGCUGGGGAGCUCUGAUUGCCAGCCUGAGGGUGAAGCUUGACCUGCGAUGCAGUCAGCCGCCUCCGCACUUCUUGUUUAGUUAGAUGAUAAAUUUCCUUCCUGCUCAACCAUUAUAAGCUGGCAGUUUGGUAACUGCAGCCCCAGGAACAUCAAAACCGACACAUCUCAUGUCAUAACCUAAUUUUGAAUAUUUAUUUCAUUGCUACAUUGUUGCCACUUGUACCUCAUAAUAAAUCCAUUUUGAAAACCUUU